AUGUUGGUGAUGAAUAGCCUGAGGGUCAUUCUUCGAGUCUCUCCAUGCAAAUCACUUUGGAAAAGGUUCCAGCUUCCGAGGUCCAUGCCAGUGAGGCCCUGCAGCCUUUAUACCUGCACUUACAAAACCCGGAACCGAGCCUUGCAUCCACUCUGGGAGAGCCUGGACCUGGUUCCCGCGGGUGAUCGACAGUCGCCCAUCAACAUCCGGUGGAGGGACAGUGUUUAUGAUCCUGCUCUAAAACCACUCACCAUCUCUUAUGACCCGACCACCUGCCUCCACAUCUGGAAUAAUGGGUAUUCUUUCCUCGUGGAAUUUGAAGAUUCUACAGAUAAAUCAGUGAUUGAGGGAGGACCCCUGGAACACAAUUACCGAUUGAAGCAGUUCCAUUUUCACUGGGGAGCCAUCGACGCCUGGGGCUCUGAGCACACCGUGGACAGCAAAUGCUACCCAGCAGAGCUGCACUUGGUGCAUUGGAAUGCAGUCAAAUUUGAAAGCUUCGAGGAUGCAGCACUGGAAGAAGAUGGUUUGGCUGUGAUAGGAGUAUUUUUAAAGCUAGGCAAGCAUCAUAAAGAACUACAGAAGUUGGUGGAUACUUUGCCAUCAAUUAAGCAUAAGGACACCCUCGUGGAAUUUGGGUCGUUCGACCCUUCAUGCCUGAUGCCCACCUGCCCGGAUUACUGGACCUACUCAGGAUCUCUGACUACCCCGCCCCUCUCUGAGUCUGUCACCUGGAUCAUUAAGAAGCAGCCAGUCGAAGUUGAUCAUGAUCAGCUUGAGCAAUUUCGGACCCUGCUUUUCACUUCCGAGGGGGAGCAAGAGAAAAAAAUGGUGGACAACUUCCGCCCCCUGCAGCCCCUGAUGAAUCGCACUGUCCGCUCGUCUUUCCGGCAUGAUUAUGUGCUGAAUAUACAGGCCAGAUCCAAGCCGGCCACCGGCCAAACAACACCCUAA